AGGAGUAGUAUAAUCGAGAAAGAGAAGAGAUCUUUAUACUUUUUAAAGCCAAUCAAUCAAUCGGAGCAAGCAAUGAAUAAUCUCCCAGAAGACUGCAUCGCCAUGAUCCUUUCCUUGACUACGCCUCUCGACGUUUGCCGAUCAUCUGCGGUCUCCAGGAUCUUCAGAUCCGCCGCCGACUCCGACGAUGUCUGGAACCAUUUCUUACCGGCUGAUUUCCCCGCCGGCUUUGCGGCACCUGCUGGUCUCCCCACCAGGAAGCAACUCUUCUUCUCCCUCGUCGAUAACCCUCUUCUUCUCAACGACACUCAUUUGAGCUUUUCGCUGGAGAGAAGGAGUGGCAACAAGUGCUACAUGAUGGCAGCGAGGGCCUUGAGUAUUGUUUGGGGACAUGAUCCUAGAUACUGGCACUGGAUCUCUCUUCCUAACACCAGGUUCGGAGAAGUGGCUGAGCUCAUCAUGGUCUGGUGGCUUGAGAUCACUGGCAAGAUCAACACUACCCUUCUCUCUGAUGACACCCUCUACGCCGCUUACCUCGUCUUUAAGUGGAACCACAGUCCAUACGGUUUUCGCCAACCUGUAGAGGCCUCCCUUGUCUUCUUGGCUGACACCGAGAGCACUGAUGAUGUUCAGCCUUCCAUGAUUAGUCUCAUGCAAGAUCCAAGCGGUGAUGACGGUCAGUCCGCUGAGCUGAGAAGAGACGGUUGGUACGAGGUGGAAUUGGGACAAUUCUUUAAAAGGAGAGGAGAUAUGGGUGAAAUAGAGAUGAGCCUCAAGGAGACAAAGAGGCCUUUUGAGAAGAAGGGCCUUAUUCUUUAUGGCAUCGAGAUAAGGCCAAUGCCCUAAUUGUAUCCUAAUACCUUUGCAGUUUCCAGUGUUCUCUUGAUUCUCAAUCUUGUGUUCUUAUCUUUCUAUGGCUUCUUCUUCUUCUUCUCCUUUUCUAUACUGAUGCAGAAAAAUAAAGUUUUUUUUUUUAU